CUGCUUGCAACAGACUCCAUCCAUCUUUGAAAGGGAUAAACUAGCUGGUGAGUGGAAUCAUGGGACUUCCUUGUGAUGUCAGCUGUGCUCAGAAUGUUUAUCGUCUAGACAACCCCAUCAAGCCCUUCGGCAGCAGGUGUGUGACCUCCAUACUCCACGGUCGUCAGACGAUGGAGAACUUCUCACUCCUCAGCAUUUCUGGACCUCGAAUCUCUUCCUCUGCCCUGAGCACUUUUCCUGAUAUUAUGUCCUCACAUGCCACCAGCUUGCCAGGCAUUGCUAAGACUGCAUUACCCACCGAGGCGUCCAGCCCCGCACAGGCCCUGCCACCUCAGCACCAAAGCAGCGCUCUCCGGCACGGGGUGGUGAACACAGUGCUCUUGCCAGACUGCAUCUUGGGGGACUCCCAGAAUGGGGAGCAGCUGAGGCGGAACUGUACCAUCUACCGGCCCUGGUUCUCCCCUUACAGCUACUUCAUAUGCAGGGACAAAGAGAACCACCUGGAGGCCCACAGCUUCCCAGAGGUGCAGCGGGACGAGGGCAGCGGGGACACCUGCCUUCCCGAGGACAUGGCUGAGAGCAUCUGCUCGUCCUCUUCCUCCCCAGAGAACACCUGCCUCCAAGAGGCCACCAAGAAAUCCAGGCACGGCAUGGACUCCGUGGACUACAUCACGUCCCGAGACAUUCUAAUGGCCUCCAAGUGGCACCUGGGCCAGCAGAAUGGCUACAAGUGCGCGUCCUGCUGCCGCAUGUACCCCACCCUGCACUCCCUCAAGAGCCACAUCAAAGGGGGCUUCAAGGAGGGCUUCAGCUGCAAGGUGUACUACCGUAAGCUCAAAACCCUCUGGUGCAAGGAGAAGGCCCGGCCGGGAGACAGGCUCUCCUUGGGCAGCUGCCAGGCCUUCAAGUAGCCCCGCUGGAUGGCGGCAGCUCUUGUUAGUGGACCCCUCAGGUAAAUAGGGGAUGAAGCCUAUUUAUGUCUCCAGAGAGAUGUCAAUAAACCCAAGUUAGUCACAGCCUUCUGUCAAGUCUGAGGUCACCUUGCACCACCUGCUGUCCUUCCCAGCCCCAG